GAGGACUGACUGCCCAUGGUGGAUGGGCGGAGCAGGAAGCAUGCGCUGAGCUGGCAGAGUCGGGGCUAGUCUGCUGCGCGCGAGGAGAGGGAGAUCACGGGCUGGCUCGGGUCCUCUCAGACGGACGCGGGGAGACCACCUUACCAAUCACGUCUCCUUGAGGACUAAAUAGGCGAGAACAGAAAAGAGCAAGAAAGAGAGUGAGAGACAGGGAGAAAUAGAAUAAUAUAAAGCUAUAAGGACAACACCUCCGUUUGUAACCACAGGGAGUCGGCAUCUGGAAACAUAACGAGCGAAGAAGACCCCCCCCUCGCGACAUCUCUCGGCUCUGUAUCUCCCAGCGCACCCCUCCUAUAGCCUACUCCCUGGAGAACGACCACCCAUUGAACACCCUAAUUGACCAGCGUUGCCAUUAAGCGAUGCACUUUGAAUCCAAGACGAAACCGAACGCGUAAUUUUGAUGCACAUUUAACAACCAGUGAUCAUCAUUUUCCAAAACGGAACAGUUAAGACUAUGGAUACAGUUUUGGGUGUUUAGCCUAAAUUUAACGGGUUUCUGGCGACGUGAAAUUAUCUCAUCCCCGGUAACUGACAUCAACACUAUACUUUUAUCUCCUAUUGCUUGUGGAAGAGUCUUAUCAUCUUCGUUUUAUUCCAUUUUCCAUUUUCUUUUUCAAACCAAUGGUCUGGGAGCGGACCGCCUCACUCAACACAUACUAUUUCAUUUAGACGUGUCAGCCUCGUUUAGCGCUUUGAACGCGGACAACAUUACAGAAUUGCAAGGGGAAAUUGUCAUCGAGAGUAUUUUGCACAAACAUACUGAGUGGAAAGUUUGUUGCCGGAGAGGGAAAAGAUCGGAGACAUCUCGGCCAUAUCCACGGGAUUUUCCCCUAAGGUGGGAGGUCCGUGGGCUGCAGCCAUGCUGUCCCUGGAUGAGCCAUUGGACCUAAUGCUCCCCCGGGGGCGUGUCAACGGGCGAGACAGGGGUGCAUGGUCACCCCCCACCCUCACCCUCUCUCCGAUACCCUUCAAGCGCGCCCGGCAGCUCCGCAUGGCUGAUGAUGGCACAGCCGUCAUAGUGCCCGCCUCCCCGGCCUCGCCACACACAGGUGUGCUGGUGGUCUCCAGGGAGAGGUCAGAGACGCCCCCCACCCCGCCGGCCGUGGACCUCAGUACGUCCCCCUCCUCCCGCCACACCUCCAGCUCCCCAGAGAUGACCAACGGGAACGCCGUCUCCCACCACAUCAUUGCAGGGGACUCAGCUCACAUCCGUUAUGUGGAGAGCAGAGCCUCCUCGCAGGCCUUCCAGUUCUUCGUGCCGAUUGGUGCUGGGGCCGGACUCCACCUGCCGUCAUCCAUGUUCAUUGGCCAGCCCAAUGACAAGCGGGCCUCUCCCGAUCUCUCAGCAGACGAACAGCUGGCCUGUCGCUGGAGGAAGUGCCAUCUUCUCUUUGAGUCCCUGCAAGACCUUGUGGACCACGUCAACGACUUCCACGUCAAACCUGAAAAGGAUUCUGGGUACUGCUGCCACUGGGACGGCUGCGCUCGCAAAGGGCGGGGCUUCAACGCUAGGUACAAGAUGCUUAUCCAUAUCCGUACACACACCAAUGAGAAGCCUCACCGCUGCCCCACCUGCAACAAGAGCUUCUCUCGCCUGGAGAACCUCAAGAUACACAACCGCUCACACACAGGUGAGAAGCCGUACAUCUGUCCAUACGAGGGCUGCAACAAGCGCUACUCCAACUCCAGCGACCGCUUCAAGCACACACGCACCCACUACGUGGACAAGCCCUACUACUGCAAGAUGGCCGGCUGCCUGAAGCGCUACACAGACCCUAGCUCCCUCCGUAAGCACAUCAAGGCCCACGGCCACUCUGUAGCCCAGGAGCAAGGCUCUCCGGGUGGGCUGAGCUCCCUGCUCAAGGUGGGUCCCCUGGGGGUGGGGAUGGGUGGAGGAGGGGGGAAGCUGGGGGAGUCGGAGCUGAGCUACAUCAGUGGGGCCCAUAUCAUCAUCCCCAGCGCCGCUGCCGCUCUCCUGGGGGGCCACGCUCUGCAGGGCCUGGCGGGCUCCAUCCCUCUAUCCCGCCUCGCCCCCCGGCCCCUGGACCUGAGCACACUGGGGGGGUGCCCCAGCUCCCCUUGCACCACCUCCAUCCUGUCCUUCAAUGGUUCUCCUCUGAGCCUGUCCACCAAGUCGUCCCUGGGGCUCUCCCCGGCCUUCCCCUCCUCAGCCCUGGGGCUGGGGCCCACCAUGGUGCCCGUGUCCCUAGGAGGAUCCAUGGGGUCGUCCGCCUCAGAGCGCAGGGCCCACCACCACGGGUGUCACCACAAGGGGAAAAUUGGGGGGGAGGAGGGGAAGGACAAGCUUCAUCGUGGGGGGGUGCUGAACCUCUCCACGGGGGCCUCCCAUGACCCCCUGUCCUGGGUGGUCAUUCCCUCCGGCACGGUUGUGCUCAAGCCAGCUGUAGUCAACUAACACACACACACACACACACAUUCCAGAAGAGUUCAAGGGGGGCUGAGAAAACGUAGAAAAAGGUAGAAAAAAAUUGACACGUGAAAAGAAAGAAAGUCUACUUUCAGGCAACUUAAACUUAACAACAAAGUCCACACCUCAGUUUGUAAAAUUGGCUCGGACAAAAAAAUGUUUUAUUCAUAAGAGAAAGGUAAACUGAGGUAUCUGGUACUGCUAUCUUUGCAUUUAUCUAGCACAUUUUGGGACCAUCAACAACUCAUAAAUACAUUUCAAUCAUG